AUGCGAAAGUUGGAAUGGGACGACAUGGGAGUGAAGGUUGAUGGCCGGCAGCUACACCAUUUGCGCUUUGCUGAUGACAUCGUAAUGAUAACACCUAGCAUCAGCCAAGCGGAACGAAUGCUGACCGAAUUCGACAAAACACGUGGAUGCAUCGGUCUUCAGCUGAAUCUACAAAAGAAGAUGUUCAUGCGAAACGGAUGUGUCUCGGAUGCCCCAUUCACGCUCAACGGAACGAACAUAUCCGAAUGCACCAGCUACGUUUAUCUGGGUCGGGAAUUGAACAUGAUGAACGACCUGACCCCCGAGCUGGGCAGGAGGAGACGAGCGGCUUGGGGAGCGUACAAGAGCAUCGAGGAUGUAGUGAAGAAGACCAGGAACACCCGGCUCCGUGCUCACCUCUUCAACACCACCGUACUUCCUGCUUUGACCUAUGCUUCGGAAACCUGGGCAUUUCGCAAGCAGGAAGAAAACGCGGUGGGCGUCAUUGAACGCGCAAUUGAGAGAGUGGUGCUAGGAGUAUCCCGUUUCACGCAAGUGAGGAACGGGAUUCGAAGUUCUCUCCUACGUCAACGAUCGAAGAUUAGAGACGCCGCCGCGUUUGCCAAGGAAAUUAAAAUAAGGUGGGCCGGACACGUGAUGCGCUUUAAUGACAACCGUUGGACCAGAGCCGUGAGCGACUGGGUUCCCCGCGAUAUUAAGCGCACUACAGGAAGACAGACCGCCGACCCGAUGGCGAAAGGAGGAACCACUGGGCUACUCUGGCACGCGAUCGGGACAAAUGGAAGGAUUACUGGCGCCCGCUCGACCAGUUCGAAGAUCAACGGGAGUCAAGCUGAUCAAGGUGAUCGAGAUUUUAAGUGGUCAUACCUGUACGAAACAGUGAUCACCACUUUGCAAUCCCUCUAUGCGAAAGACUCUCGCGUUCACUUCCUUCCGCACGAAUUCUGGAGCAAUCAUCAAAGACAAGUGGUGGUAACUAGACGGUCCUUCUUACCACCACGGCGUCGCGGCUUUGGAAUGGAAGCACAGCAACGAAUGUUCACACCGUUUAGUUUUGUGCGAUUUCUACACGGAAGACCAAAAACGGAUAGCGACAGCAGUGAGAGCGAUGAAGAAGCUGGGCCUUCACAUGAUCUGCCAGCCUCUACUGCAGAUAUGAGGAACCUAAGCAUUAUACGAUCAAUCCCAUUUGUGGUGCCCUUUAUGCAGAGAGUGAAGAUAUUCCAAGAUCUACUGGCUCACGACCGCGAAGCGAAUGAUAUUGUGGACGAUUUCCAUAGUUUUGCAGGAAUGGGUUCACGUCGUAAUGGGAUCACGAUAGCAGUACGUCGACAACAUUUAUAUGAAGACGCUUUCGAGGCAUUAUCGCUGGGCAAUGCGCCAAAUCUUCGCCUCCCUGUUCGAGUGUCAAUGACGAAUUGGGUUGGACUGAAUGAGGUCGGCAUUGAUGGCGGUGGGAUCUUCAGAGAAUUUCUGACGGAACUACUUCGAACCGGAUUCGAUCCGGAUAGAGGUUUUUUCAAGUACACUCAUGAUAGGCUACUGUAUCCGAAUCCUUCUUCCGUGCAGUUGUAUCCGGACUCGUACUCUCAACAUUUUUUCUUCCUAGGUCGAGUGGUUGCAAAAUUGAUCUACGAGAAGCAAAUGGCAGAAAUACGAUUUGCUGAGUUCUUCGUAUCGCAACUGUUGGGAAGAAGGCAAACUGAUGUUGAUCUACAUCACAUGAAGUCAUACGAUCCAGCGAUUUACAAACAUCUGAAAAAUUUGCGUUGCCUGACAGCGGACGAAUUAGCUGCUCUGGAACUCGAUUUUAGUGUUAUUGUUGAUGACAUUGGUGAUGUCCAGACGGUGGAUCUUGUACCGGGUGGUCGGAACAUUCGUGUAACCGUCGACAAUCGACUGGAAUACAUUAGAUCAUAUGUCAACUUGUUCUUGUACAAGCGGAUCGAACCAUUAGUGGACGCAAUGCGUGCUGGAGUUUCUACCGUAAUAGAUCCAGGAUGGUUAGCAAUGUUCUCUCCGUCUGAACUGCAAACGCUUGUGAGUGGAGCGGAUGCUGAUCUGGAUGUGGACGAUAUGAUGAAGCAUACCGCUGUUCAUAAUAUUCGAGACGAAGCUGAUCGUGACUACAUGAAUUUGUUUUGGAGCGUUGUCUCAGACAUGUCGCCAGAAGAUAAACGCGGGUUACUAAAGUUCAUUACGGGUUGCUCACGUCCACCAAUUGAAGGAUUUAAAAUGCUUUACCCAGCCAUCGGAAUUCAGCUGGUACAUGACUCUGAUCAUUUACCGACAAGUGCCACAUGCAUGAAUCUUUUCAAGUUGCCCAUAUAUAGUUCGCGCUCUAAACUUGAAGAUAAAUUGAGGUAUGCGAUCAACGCCGGAGCUGGAUUCGAAUUGUCUUGA